AUGGCCUACCAACCCGGGCCGUCGUACAGGCCCCAGCCUGGCCAGCCCAUCUUGAACGUCGACCCGCACUCCCAGGCCAUGUCUGGUCUGCAGUCCGUCGGUCGUUCGUCGCCCAUGCCCCCGGUCCCCAGCGUUGCGCAGACGAACAUUGGCCAGCCCGGCCAGAUCGGCUCCCUCCCGGGACAGCAGAACACCUACAUGGGUCCCUCGGGUGCCGUCACCGGCUCCGACCCCAACGGCAGCAACGGCGCUAACGGUGCGAGCCCCGCCGACAAGGGCCCCGACUAUGUCUACUUUGAGCGCCUGCCGAACCAGUUCUCCGAGUCGACGCGCGGCAAGGCGACCGCCGCCAAGAUGAAGCUUGAACUUUAUUACAAGGAGGCACUGACAGACAGGCGGACAACGCUCGAGAAGCAGCUCCACGCCGACUCGAUGAUGCCCGACUCGCAGAAGGCACGCCAGCUCCUCGCCCUUGGCCGGCGCGAGUCCAACUUCCUCCGACUGCGCCGCACACGAAUUGGACUCGAGGACUUCCGCACCGUCAAGGUCAUCGGCAAGGGUGCGUUCGGUGAGGUGCGGCUCGUGCAGAAGGCGGACACGGGCAAGAUCUACGCGAUGAAGUCGUUGAGGAAGAACGAGAUGUUCAAGAAGGACCAGCUCGCCCACGUCCGCGCCGAGCGUGAUGUGCUCGCCGAGUCCAACUCGCCGUGGGUCGUCCAGCUCUACUACUCGUUCCAAGACACCAACUACCUCUAUCUCGUGAUGGAGUUCCUUCCUGGAGGAGACCUGAUGACCAUGCUCAUCAAGUACGACACUUUCUCGGAGGACGUGACCAAGUUCUACAUGGCCGAGUGCAUCUUGGCUAUCGAGGCCGUGCACAACCUGGGCUUCAUCCACCGUGACAUCAAGCCUGACAACAUUCUCAUUGACUCCAUGGGCCACAUCAAGCUGUCCGACUUUGGUCUGUCAACAGGAUUCCACAAGCAGCACGACUCUGCGUACUACCAGAAGCUGCUCGGUGGCGGCGAUGUGUCGAACCACCGACACUCGAGCACGGGCCAGGCGCGCAACAGUGUCAUGGUGAACAGCAUCAACCUCACCAUGACGUCGAAGCAGGAUAUUGCGACGUGGAAGGCAAACCGACGAAAGCUCGCGUACUCGACUGUCGGAACGCCGGACUAUAUCUCGCCCGAGAUCUUCCUGCAGCAGGGCUACGGCAAGGAGUGCGACUGGUGGUCUCUCGGUGCAAUCAUGUUCGAGUGUCUCGUCGGCUACGACGUGUACCGUAAGAUUAUCGACUGGCGAAACCACCUCUACUUCCCGGACGACGUGCACCUCUCGCGCGAGGCUGAGGACCUUAUCCGGCGCAUGCUGUGCGAGGCCGACCGCCGCCUGACGGUCGAGCAGCUCAAGGCUCACGCCUUCUUCUACGGUGUCGACUGGUCGACGAUUCGCAACAUUGACGCUCCCUUCGUCCCCCACCUCCGCUCCAUGACCGACACGUCGUACUUCCCCACCGACGAGCUCGAGCAGGUCCCCGAUGUGCCCGCCGGUGCGGACCAGGGCUCGAGCGCGACCAAGGACCUCGCGUUCCUCGGCUACACCUUCCGCAGGUACGAGAUGCUCUAG